UUUAUUACAUGGAGCAGAGACUACAUAUUUCAUCACAAAGAACAAAUGGUGGGUUUUGUUUUGUUUAGCAGUUUAAUUAAAAAAGAGAGAGGAUAAUUUAGUAAAAAAAAAGAAGAAGGCGAAAAUGGAGAGAGGAGAGGUGGUGGAGGGUGAUGAAUCGCGCUCUAUCCUCAAAAACCGUAGAAAAAUCGUCUGAAAAAUCCCCCCUAAAAUAUAUAAAAAAAAGCUUCUCCCUUUCCUUUUAGAUUCUUCUCUUUUGUCUGAAUCCCUUUUUUCCCUCGCACAAUCCCGAGAUGUCCGACAGGAUACUCUGCAAGUUCUUUGUCCAUGGCUCGUGCUUAAAAGGAGAAAACUGCGAAUACUCCCACGACUCCAAGCACCACGCCAAUAACGUCUGCACAUUCUACCUGAAAGGAAUCUGUUCAUACGGAACCAGAUGUAGAUACGAACAUGUCAGGACCUCUAAACGAGACGGGGACCACAAAGCCCUUAACCUUUGUUACACCCACCCAAGAGAACACCCGAUCUGCUCCUUCGCCGCCGCCGGCGACUGCCCUCGAGGCAGCCAGUGCCCCCACAUGCACGGAGACGUCUGCAGCACCUGCGGGAAGAAGUGUCUGCACCCUUUCAGACCCGAGGAGCGAGAGGAGCACACCAAAGAGUGCGAGAAGAAGCAGAAGCACAUCGAGGCGUUGAAGAAAAGUCAGGAGAUUGAGUGUAGCGUGUGUUUGGAUCGUGUCUUGUCGAAAGCCACUCCGGGGGAGAGGAAGUUCGGGCUGUUGACGGAGUGUCACCAUCCGUUUUGCAUACAGUGUAUUCGUAACUGGCGUAGCAGUGCUCCUGUUUCGGGAAUGGAUGUGAACAGCACGUUGAGGGCUUGUCCUAUUUGUCGUAAGCUGUCGUAUUUCGUUGUGCCGAGUGUUGUCUGGUACUCUAGUCCUGAAGAGAAGAAGGAGAUUAUUGAUAUAUACAAGGCAAAACUCAGGUCUAUUGACUGCAAGCACUUCAACUUUGGUAAUGGGAGCUGCCCAUUUGGUGGAAGUUGUUUCUACAAGCAUGCAUAUACUGAUGGUAACUUGGAAGAAGUUGUGGUACGGCAUCUUGGUUCUCAAGGAGAGACUGUAAUAGCAGACAGUGUGGCCGGGCUAUCUGAGUUCCUUGGUCGGGUGCAUUUAUAAAAAAAAAAACACUUUCCUAAAUAAUGAAUAAGACAGGAGGCUGAUGACAACCAUCUUCUCUUUCCAAAAGCAUUUGAUUCUCGUUGACAAUCCCUUGAAACAUUAGAUAUGAAGACAAGCUCAGAGAGGGAUAAUAGUUCAAAACAUAUUAGGAGACGGAAGAAAACUCAUUUGUAAAUAAUAUUUAGAUAGGUGAUGCCACUACAGUAAAUGUAAAUAAAUAACAAGAUUGUUUGAUCAAAGCAUGCUACCGUACCAUUCAUGUGAUGUAAAUAAAACCUUUCGUGAAAAGAUUUAUAUGGAGAUUCAGAUUCUGAGUUUC